AUGAAUCCCAUGCUUCAGAAUAAUCUUGACAGGUUCUAUAAAAGAUUUACUUUCUCACAUUUUCCAUUCAAUAUUAACUCUAGUAGUAGUUCUGCUGUAUCUUUUGCUUCUGUUGCACCAUCUUCAAAUUCUUCUUUAUUUAAAGAGUUAGUGAAGAACUCUACUCAAACGAACGAAACAAAAAACAAGAUAUAUACCAAUUACUCCAGUACUUUUGUUCCCGUUGGUCCUCCUAACGUUGGAGAGUCGGUGGUUAGAACCAAAGCUGCUUUUGAUGUAACGUCUAGUAGUUUCCUUAGUAAUAGUGGUGGAUCAAAUGAUAGAAAGAAACAAGAAAGCAGUGAUGGUUGUAAUAUUUUUGAUGGUGAAUGGGUAUGGGUUGAAGACAGAGUACCAUACUACCCUCCUGGUUCUUGUCCAUAUAUCGAAGAAGGAAGUAACUAUGAUUGCUACAAGAAUGGGAGAAUUGACCAACGGUUUCUAAAAUGGAAAUGGCAGUGGCAAUCCCAGCAAACAAACUCAGGGUACAAUAACAACAUCCCAAGUAUUCUUAAUGCAACAGAUUUCUUGGAGAGAUUGAGAGGGAAAAAAGUGGCAUUUGCAGGGGAUUCUCUGAACCGGAAUAUGUUUUCAUCAUUAACAUGUAUACUUUGGAACGCCGUUGCGGGUAAGAGUAAAGUUUAUUGGCUCCAUGGAGGAGCUUUGUUAGUGAGAUUUGAGGACUACAACUGUACAAUAGGAUUUGUGCGGUCUCCUUUUCUAGUUUAUGAAACACAGCCCCUGAAUCGUAUAACUCAAAAAAGCAAAAUACAACCUAGGCCGGAGUCGAUGAGAUUGGAUUUGAUUGAUCCAUAUGCAUCAGCGUACUAUCUGUUGGAGGAAGUACUAAUAAUGUAA